AUGCCGCACAAGCGGCCACACUCUGCAUCGGGCGGCUCAGGCGUUCCGACGCAUGAAAAACGAGCUCGCAGUCAUGCAUCUGGACCUUCCUCAGAUUUGAGCAAAUCUAUCGAGGAGGCACGUAAGCGUGCCAUGGCAGCCUUUCAACGCACAGGCCUACCAUCUGCGCCAUCUGCACCGCCACCACGCCCCAGGGCCCCUACGUCUUCUCCAAGUGCCGUGCAACAUAAUUUAGAAGAUAAAAAACAGACUGGUGAACAAGAAAGCAAACCUGUGGGCAUUCAUCCGCUGCUUCUCGGUGAUGCAGCGCGCAUUCAAGAAAAGUUUCGUUCUUUGGCACCCAAGUUUGCAUCUAUUCAAGCCAACAAGCGUCAAAUACCAGGAAAGCCGCCACCUUCUUCCUCUUUUUCCUCUAUUCUUGAUGCUAAGCCAAUACCAGUCAAGCCGAAGAACCCGUACCUUCCGAGCGAAGUAGACAGGGUCGAAGGUCCUAAGCCCAAAAGUAUGCACCGUGCCCUUCAGUUCCACCGGCCGGGCAAGUAUAUUUUAGAGGCCGAACAAAUACGUCGUGAUGAGAAAAUGAAUGCUUUGAAAGAGCGCAUUCAAGCCACUGCUCAGAAAGUGGGUCUGCAAGACGAACUUUUAGGUGACGAACGAGUCCUUCGUCGCCCGGAACCACCACAGGCGGAAUGGUGGGAUAUGGCCCUUCUUCCCACCAAGUCAUAUGACGAUGUGCCCAUUUCGAUACAGCCCAUCAACGAUCUGCCUCCUGACGCCAAUACCGUCGAGCACAAAGACUCCCCCAUCGACCAUCUUGUGCAGCACCCUAUUCCUAUACCACCGCCUACUGAGAAUAUCAAGGUGCAACCACACGGAGUGAUUCUCACCAAACAAGAGAUGAAAAAAAUGCGUCGUCAGCGCCGCGCCGCUGAACAGCAAGACAAACGCGAUCGGAUCAAGAUGGGUCUGUUGCCACCAGAUCCGCCCAAAGUCAAGCUUGCCAAUCUUAUGCGCGUGCUUGGAAAUGAAGCCAUCGCUGAUCCCACUAAAGUGGAAGCUCGCGUGCGCCGCGAGGUCGCAGCCCGCCAAGAGUUGCACGAACGCACAAAUGCUGAGCGCAUGUUGACAGACGAAGAGCGCCGCGAUAGGCGUGCAUACAAAACCAAGGUGGAAGAAGCCAAAGGUAUGUGGUGUCAAGUAUAUCGCAUCGAGAAGCUCGUGAGCCCGUCACACCGUUUCAAGGUGCGGAAGAAUGCUCAGCAACACCAUCUGAGUGGGAUCAUCGUCACAAACCCCCAUUUCUCCCUUGUUAUUGUUGAAGGAGCAGCGAAAGCUCUCAAAGCAUACAAACGACUCAUGCUGGUGCGCAUCAAUUGGAAAGAGUUUGGGCAGGCGAAUCGAGAAGAUAAUGCCCCGGAGGAAGAGGAAGGCCGCAUGGAGCCUGAAGUGGACCUUAGCAGCAACAAAUGCGAUUUGAUUUUUGAAGGCCCUGUGCGCGAACGAACUUUUUCUCCUGGCUCUGUGCGUAUGGUGGACUGCCCAACAGACUUCAAGGUUAAAGAGCUAUUGGGACCCAAAUUGGCAGGGUACUGGGAUGUGGCGAAACGUUCCGCUAUCGCUGAGCAGGAUGUAUGA